AUGGCUAGUAGAUUACCAAAUGUAACCAAUGUAUUGGUAAAACAUUUAAUGACAAAGACAAUUUAUAGUGUUUCUAUGGAUUCUACUUUAGAUAUGGCAUUGAAAUGUUUGAAUACUCAUUCAAUUCAUAGAAUUCCAGUUAUUGAUGAUGAUGGAAAUCUUAAAGGAAUUAUUACAGAUAGAGAUUUAAGAUUAGCAUGCGAUAGUCCUUUCCUACCAGAAUCAAAUGAAGAAAGAGUUAUGAAACUAUCUCAACAUAAAGUUUCUCAAGUAAUGAAAAACAAUCCUUUGACAAUUGAAGAGAAUUCACCAGUUGUCGAUGUUGCUAAAUUGCUUCGUGUUUCUGAUGUCGGUGGACUUCCUGUAGUAGAUAACAAUGGAAAAUAUAAAAUAACUAUGAAAAUCUUUUUAACAAUUAUUUUACUCUUUUUGAUAUUCAAUUUAUCAUUGACAGCCCAAGGCGAGUCUGCAAUUGAAUGUCCACAACUUCAAAUGCCAGAGUGUAAAGGCGACCAGGAGUUGGUUUCUAAGAAAGGUGCCGAUGGUUGUACCUACUCAGAGUGUGUGCCUUUGGUAAAGCAUAGACCAUGUCCGCAAUAUAGAAUUUCAAAGUGUCCAGAAGGACAAAGAGUACAAACAACUAUGGAUAGAGGAUGUAGUAUUGAUAAGUGUGUAAAGAUAUAA